CGGAUCUUCUUUUUCUCUACUUCCGGUUUCGGCGCACACACAGGUUCGGCAAGUGUUGUCGGUUGCUGUCACAGCUAGCAAAGUCUUUUCCAUCUUGUCAGCCAACGAAAGUAGGUAAUCUAAAAUGGCCGAUUCAUCGUCUCAUCUGAACUGGUUGAUCAUCCGUGAUCAUAACGCUUUCCUGCUAAAACGCCGGAACAUCAAGAAGCCAUUCAGCACGGAGGCCAACAACUUGACCAACCUGAGCUCGUUCCGUUACAGCGGACUGGUCCACAAGAAGUCCCUGGGAGUCGUUCCAGCUGAUAAGGGUAUUCAGGUCGUCUACAAGCGGCCGAAGUUUCAGUCUAAACCAGCCAAGGCCACCGUUAAGGUAACGCUGAAGCAUCGCCCGCGCCGGACCCUGAAGAAGCUGAAGAAUAUCGUCAACGAUAACCGUUACCGCCGUGAUCUUCGCCAAGCUGCUCUCCGACGGGCCAGCGCUAUUCUGCGAUCACAGCGACCUGCGUCGACGAAGAAAGGCAAGGCUACCACUGGUACUGCCAGCGCUGCUGCGGCCGCUCCGAAGAAAGCGGAGUAAAGUACAACAAAGUGACGGGAGAAUUUGUGAAUUUGGCGGAAACAUGAACAUCGUUGUUUAACAGGAAACAACAACAUUGUGUGACUCUGUGGGUUCACAAUGAGAAGGAAAAAUAAAAUAUGAAAUAACUAUCAAA